AUGGCGACAAACUCCGAUUACAAGCCCUGGGCGCAUCCCAAAGGUAGCUCUUAUGCGUCUCUGGUGGAGCAAGGGAUGGAAAUAGUGUGCCCACCUGGUGUAUCUGCUCCAGUUUCGACCCACGAUUACAUGAACAGAGAACUCCCUGCCAUUCCCGGGUUCACCCAGAAACAAAAUAAUAGAGAACAACACAAGAAUAGGAUAACGAUGCAUCUUGACACAAGCCAGACUACCGAAGCAAGUCCCUCGUACAGAUUCAGUUCUGAAAGGCCGCGACCUCUACCAGCCAAAGGCCAAUCUUCGCUGAACACAAUCCCCAGACUUAUGCUGUCACCACCCACCCCGCUACUGUCUGAGAAGUCAUCGCAGAAAAUCUUGCAGUUGACUGGAUUUGAUCCAGGGCUUCAAAGAGCGAUCCCUAUUCCGCAGCAGCAGCAUCAUCCCAUACUUCCUGAAGCGCCUGGCAGCUCUAGUGUAUACAGCCAACCUGGAAAGGAAUAUGGAGGGCAAGAGGAGACUGCAAAAAACAACCGUGUCAUUCCGGCAGGCACUGGUGAGAUAUAUCCAGGUUCCGAUUUACAGUCCGGACGAAUCAAGCAGCAGUCACUCGGUGCCGCUGUCAGAGCUCGAAACUCUUCAAGCCCCACAAAAUAUAGCGGCCCGAAGGUCAACCAAGAGCACAGUACUAAAAUCUUUACUGCGACAGGUCCAAAUGAGCUUAUACUUAAAGGAUUCAUAGAUCAAGAACGCUCACAACAUAAGAAAGGUUUCGGUGGCCUCGGGCAUGAUGUCGAUGGCAAACAUACUCCAGUGAGAAAUGACGCAGAUCGAGCCUUGGUGCCACUUCCAUUAGCCGUUUGUGCAAAAGCAAAGAAGCCGGUGCAUUUGAAGAUAGAGAGAUCCUCAUUCUUUGCCGAAGUUCGAGAUUCAAUGGCCUGGGGUAUCCGAGAGGUCACUUCACCAACCAGAAGUAAAUAUUUGACUACGAAUCCAGUCAAAAAAGCCUCGCUCCAAGUGCCGCCAGCGGGAACCCCAAAACGAAAACAGAAUUUCUCGACUGGAAAGCACCCAUUGAAGAGUCCCUUCCCCUUCCCUCGAAUCCGGAAUCUCCCCGAGUCUGCAGAAGGCGAUGAUAUGCCAGACAGAGCAAUGCCGGCGGCUACAAGACAAUCCUCUGUAUGGAACUCAUCUCCAACUAGCAAAAGCAUUAUACGCAAUUCAGCUCGGGCUCCAGGCGGCCCUGACACGCCAAUGCCUGUCAAGACUGGAUUCAUGUCAAUACUUGCUCAUAUGAACGAAACAACCCAGUCUGAAGAUUCUUCCAAGGCCAAACAGAAGUUAAAGGGAAAGACAACUGCUGAACGAAGAAGGGAAAGUCUGAAGAAGAAAAUUGUAGUGGUUGGCAUCUCGGACCAGUCUCCAGAUGGAAGAGUGGCAGAAUGGCUUUGA